CGCAUUUAGACAUAAACAUCCGCCAUUUGUCGUUUAAAAUUCCUAGCACCGGCUAAGUAGAAAAUCGUGUAAAGAAGAUGUCAAACCCAGCAUAUCCACCACCCGGGGGUGCCCCUCCCCCAUACGGUGGAGGUUACGGCCCACCCCAACCAGGAUAUGGCCAGCCACAGCCUGGAUACGGACAGCCACAACCUGGAUACGGACAUCCCCCAGCUGGAUAUGGAUAUUCCCAGCCAGGGUAUGGAGCCCCAACUACUACUCAACAGUCCAACGUUGUGGUAGUGCAGCAAGGAGGCGGCGGAGUGGUCGUACAAGAACGUAAAAGAAGAUUCCACGAAGAAACUUGUCUAAAUCUGGUAAUAUGCUUGCUGUUUUGGCCGUGGGUCUUCGUUUGGAUCGGUCUGUGUAUAUGCGAUGUGUAGAAGAAGCCAUGCUGAAUAAGGGAGAGACUGGAAACUCAAAAAUUUGACAUGAAGAAACACUGACUGCUUUAAUCAAAACAUUCCAAGUGUUUUGUACAUAGAAAACGAUUUCUGACUUUCAGGAUAAACCAGUUUUGGAGUGUUUUAACUGUUAUAUAUAUAAUCAUGUUUAUUGCUUUCGGGGUCUUUUGCUUUCUUAUGAACUCUGGGGUCCAAAAAACUGAACAGCCAAUUAGUCAUUAAAUACACCUUUCUAAAUGUAAUCUGCUGGUUUCUUAAAUUUCUAUUAGGCUGCAGGAUAUUAUAAACAAAACAUAUCUGACUGAGCUGUAGCUUAGUAUGAAUUUGAAAGAGACAAAUGUAAGUUCUAUUCUUUCUUCUCCAAUAAUUAAGGAAUUAUUCUGGUAAUUACAAGACUUAUCACGCUAAUUAAACACUCGGUUUUGGGAGAAAUAUACCUAAAUUCAUAUAAGAAAGAAAUGAUAAACAUAAAAUAUACAGAACUUAUGGUCAGCAAAUUACAGAUAUAAAUUCUGGGAGAAUUUAACAAUUUUUCUUGCAACACAAAAAGAGUUGUCGAUCGCUGAGUACGAAGGAGGCCUUUCAAUAUAAAUAACGAUUUUUUUUGUAUGAAAUACUAUCUAUGCAUGUGUCAAAAUUAUUGAGAAUUUUCAAAAGAACUAUUUUCUUACACAGUCAACCGUAUUUUUAAUUAACAUGGGGUAAUCUGAUUUACAGAUCUUUAAAUUCAAUGCAAUUUUUGUUAUAUUAUUGUACAUAGAUUUUGCCUUUUUAAAUAUUUUGCUUUUUUAGCUUAUGGGUCUUUACCAUGACUCUCAUGUUUAAAAAUUUUAAGGGUCUUUCUUUGCUAUUCAUUUAUAUCUAU